AUGACCAAUAAUUCUUUAUCUGAUGUAAAAAUUCUUCAGGAGAACAUAGAUUAUGCCUGUGGAUCUGGAGCUGAUUGCACAGCUAUCCAUACUAAUGGUGCUUGUUUCAACCCUGACAGUGUCAAAGAUCAUUGCAACUAUGCUGUAAAUAGCUAUUAUCAAAGAAAAGGUGCAUCUGGUGCUAGCUGUGACUUUAAAGGAACUGCAACUUUGACAUCAACUGCACCAGCUUCUACUGGUUCUGGAUGUGUAUAUCAGUCCACUGCAGGUAACACAGGUGGAAACACAAGUCCAACAACUGUACCAGGAACAACAAGUCCAUCAACAGGAGGCACUAGCACUGGCACAACAUUACCAGGGACUAAUCCAGUUUUUGGACUUGGACCAAGUGGCAUGACCAACACAGACAUAAAUGGUGGUACUAUUAUUCAUCAAAACAGUGUGUUUUUCACCAUGACCAUUUUGUUUACAACCUUAUUGGUAUGCCUAAUGGCCUAAA